CCCUGCUGACUUCAUUCCUUUUAACGCGCGCACACGUUUUUGCAUUAGUUCGGUACGAGGAAGUCCGCGUAUGUGUGUGCGUGUGUGUGGGUGUGCGCGUGUGUCGUCUGUCUUCAUUUCCUGACUGACAUGCGGGACAAAUGCCCAGCGGAGAACUGAGCAGAAGCCGGAGGAUGAAGGGUGAAGGUUAACUCCAUUCCUGUGCAUUGUUACAACAUCAACCAAUGGGCAGAAAUCGUGGAUGGGACUAGAAUGAGCGGCGAACUGCUGUUGGAGGAGACGCUGAUCAAGCGUUCGCAGCAGAAGAAAAGGACGUCUCCGUUAAACUACAAGGAAAGACUGUUUGUUCUCACCAAGACCAGGCUAACAUACUACGAUGGAAGACCCGAGAAGAAGUUCAAGAGGGGCUCGAUUGAACUGAGCCGCAUCAGAUGCGUAGAGAUAGUCAAGAAUGGAGGUGGGAGCAUCCCUUGCAACUACAAAUACCCAUUUCAGGUGGUGUACGACACCAACACCCUCUAUGUGUUCGCUCCAAGCCAGAACAGCAGAAGUCUCUGGGUCCAAAGUCUAAAGGAAGAAAUCAAAGACAAUACAGUGGUGUUCAUGAAGUUUCACCCCCAGUUAUGGCAGGAGGGGGUGUGGCUCUGCUGUCGCCAGGCAGAAAAACAGGCGCUGGGCUGUGAGGAAUACAACCUGUUUGGAGACAUCACCAGAAAACCUUUACCCCCAAUUCCUGGAGAAGAAAAUAAACGACGGCCUCCUCCUGACCCCCCUUUGUCUGAGGAGUAUGAGGAUGAGGAUGCAGAUGAAGAUGACGACAACAAUGAUGAAGAGGUGGUUGUGGCUCUGUACAACUUCCCGGGAGCUGAGCCACAUGACCUGAGCCUGGUAAAAGGAGACGAGUACGUCAUCCUGGAUAAAUGUGACGUCAACUGGUACAAAGCUCGUAACAUGUACGGCGAAGAAGGCUACAUCCCAAGUAACUACAUAACAGAGAAGACGUCUGGAAACCUGGAGCAGUAUGUAUGGUACAGUAAGCAAGUCAACAGAAACAAGGCUGAGGAGCUGCUGAGAACACAGGACAAAGAAGGAUCCUUCAUCGUCAGGGACUCCAGCACCCCAGGAGCCUACACCGUCUCUCUUUAUGCCAAGUCUUUAGCAGGAGAGGGGAGUGCAGCUAUAAAACAUUAUCAUAUCAAGGAGAUAGAAGGCUCGCCUAAGCAGUUUUACCUGGCUGAGAAACACCUGUUCAACUCCAUUCCUGAACUGAUCGAGUACCACAAACACAACGCAGCAGGUCUGGUAGCCAGGUUGAGAUAUCCCGUAGGAAAACAAGACAAAUCCGCACCAUCCACCGCUGGUUUUAGUUACGAGAAGUGGGAGAUCAACCCGAGUGAGCUGACCUUCAUGAAGGAGCUGGGCAGCGGCCAGUUCGGCCAGGUCAAGCUCGGCAAGUGGAGGGCUCAGCACAAAGUGGCCAUCAAGGCCAUCAGGGAGGGAGCCAUGUAUGAGGAAGACUUUAUCGAGGAGGCCAAAAUCAUGAUGAAACUGUCCCACCCUAAGCUGGUGCAGCUGUAUGGUGUGUGCAGCCAGCAGAAACCCAUCUACAUCGUCACAGAGUUCAUGGAGCAUGGCUGCCUGCUGAAUUUCCUAAGGCAGCGGCGGGGCAGCUUCAACCUGGAGUCCUUGUUGAGUAUCAGCCUGGAUGUCUGUGAGGGCAUGGAGCACCUGGAGGUCAACGGCUUCAUCCACAGAGACCUGGCGGCCAGAAACUGUCUGGUGAAUGAUGCUCUGGUGGUGAAGGUGUCUGACUUCGGCAUGACCAGGUACGUGUUAGACGACCAGUACACCAGCUCAUCAGGCGCCAAAUUUCCAGUAAAGUGGUCGCCCCCUGAAGUUUUUAACUUCUGCAAAUACAGCAGCAAGUCGGACGUCUGGUCUUACGGUGUGUUGAUGUGGGAGGUGUUCACAGAAGGCCGGAUGCCGUUUGAAAAGAAUCCCAAUCACCAGGUGGUGAUGUUGGUGUCUCAGGGUCAACGUCUGUACAGACCCAAGCUGGCCACUCCUGCCUUGUACGACAUCAUGCAGCUGUGUUGGCACGAGAGACCAGAGGAACGUCCUUCCUUCUCUCAUCUUUGUACCAUGCUUUCUGACACGUUAGAGGAGGACAUCCUGCCCCCAACCUGAUCAAUCAGCCUUUUCCGCCUUCACGCUACCUGAAGCAGCCGCUUUAAUGGCGCUCUACAGCCGUGGUGUCCUGCUGUGGAGACAACAGCAGUAUAAUGGUGCUUCAUUAUGGACCAAUCACAAAGACAAGAUAAACCAGCUGAUGCCAUCCAACCAAUCCCAUCUGCUUUACAAUGCAGCUCUCAGCACAUGCUGCAUUUUCUUUCAGGAUGGCUGACGUGAACUGAAUAAACCAAGUUAGAAAGUUUCUGCCAACGCACCUCCAGCUGAAUCCAUCCAACCUUCUGGAUCUGCCUGUUAUUUGUUUCUUUUCCAAUAAAAAAGGCACAAAAGAAAUCCUUUUAUGAAGAUGAAGUUGAGGAAUCUCAAAGUCAUCAUGAUGUCUUAUUGUUUGUUUGGUUGACACACAUUUCUGUUUUUAUGUCAAUUCAAAGACAUUCUGAACUUUAAUAUUAAAAUACUCUAACGA